AAACGCACACUGGUUCGUGGGCCAUACAUUUUUCGUAAGACUUUAAAUAUUAGAGUUUUUUUCCCCAAACCCUAAAGCCCCCUCCUCCCGUUCUCAGCCUAGCCCUAACCCACCCUCGCGCCGCCGCCACCUCCAACCUCCGGAUCCAACCCGCCGCCGCCGCCGCCGCAAAUAUGGGCUUCGAUGUGGGCUUCGUCCCCUUCAACUCCGACGGCUGGGGUCCUCCUGAUGCUGCAGCUGUCCCGCCGUCCCUGGGCGGCGGCGCCUCCAUCCCCUUCGCGCCCUUCUCCCGCUCCGACAAGCUGGGCCGCAUCGCCGACUGGACGCGCAACCCCGCCGGCCCCGCCGCCCUCGCCGCGGCCUCCCGCGACUCCGUCUUCGACUUCACCUCCGUCGACGACUCCCUCGUUGCCGGGGCCGAGGACUCCUCGUACCGUCUCGUCGACACCAAGCCACCGCCGCGCCAACCGCGCUUCGGCCCCAAGUGGCGCUUCAACCAACGACCGCAGCUCCCGCAGCGCCAAGACGAGGAGGUGGAGGCGCGCCGCCGCGAGGCCGAGAAGGAGCGCGCCCGCCGCGACCGCCUCUUCCAGAACAAUCGCUCCCACCACCACCCCUUUUUCCGGGGCAACCAAACCUCGUCGGCCAAGCCCUCGGUAGACAUCCAGCCUGACUGGACCAUGCGUGAGCAGAUCCCCUUCGCGAACUUCACCAAGCUCUCCUUCUCCGUCGCUGACCAGCCCGAGGACCUCCUGUUCUGCGGCGCCGUCGAGUACUACAGCCGCGCCUAUGACCGCGUCAACCCCAAGGCCGCGCGCCGUCUCGAGCGCUUCAAGUCCCGCAAUUUCUUCAAGGUCACCACCACCGACGACCCUGUCAUCCGCCGCCUCGCCGAGGAGGACAAAGCCACAGUGUUUGCCACUGAUGUCAUCCUCGCCGCGCUUAUGUGUACGCCCCGCAGCAUCCACUCAUGGGACAUUGUCGUUCAGCGCGUGGGCAACAAGCUCUUCUUUGACAAGCGUGAUGGCUCCCAGCUCGAUCUGCUCACUGUCAAUGAGACUGCCCAGGAGCAGCUCCCUGAGAACAAGGAGGACAUCAACUCGUCUCACUCGCUUGCUGUCGAGGCCACCUACAUCAACCAGAACUUCUCGCAGCAGGUGCUGCACCGUGAUGGUGAGAAGGUUACCUUUGAUGAGCCUAACCCAUUUGCUUCUGAGGGUGAGGAGGCAGCAUCUGUUGGCUACCGCUACCGCCGCUGGAAGCUGGAUGAUGAGAUAAGCCUUGUUGCUCGGUGUGAGGUACAUGCUGUCAAUGCUGAUCCAGCUGGUGGUCGCCAGUUCCUUACCCUCAAUGCUCUCAAUGAGUUUGAUCCUAAGAUUACUGGUGUUGACUGGAGGCAGAAGCUUGAGACACAACGUGGGGCUGUCCUUGCUACAGAGCUCAAGAACAAUGCAAACAAACUUGCUCGAUGGACUGCCCAGGCUUUGCUUGCUGGUGCUGACAUGAUGAAGUUGGGGUAUGUGUCACGGGUUCACCCUCGUGAUCACUUCAACCAUUCCAUACUUACUGUGAUGGGGUAUAAGCCAAGGGAUUUUGCUACACAGAUCAACCUUAACACUUCAAACAUGUGGGGAAUCGUCAAGUCAAUUGUGGACAUCUGCAUGAAGUUUGAAGAGGGCAAGUAUGUGCUUGUGAAAGAUCCAGCGAAGCCGCAGGUGAGGAUCUAUGAGGUGCCUUCUGAUGCGUUUGAGAAUGAUUAUGUUGAAGAGCCACUUCCAGAGGAGGAGCAGGUUCGCCCACUUGCAGAUGUUGAUGCCACUGCAGAAGAAAUGGAUGCAGCUGCUGAGGCAGAGGCCAACAAUGCAUCAGCUGCUAAUGGUGGCCAGGGUGAGAAGAGCGCAGAGGCUACUGCCGUUUGAAGGGUAUAAAGGUUCUGUUCCCUUUGCAAGAUAGGUCUUUUUUUGGGCUAAUUAUCUGUUUUGAUGGAUACCUUAAAGAGUUGAACUGCCUGUUAUUGGCACAUUGUCUCGUUUUGGUCAAUGAGAAAACCGUUGCUCCCGUUUUUCAUGCUUAGGCAUGCUAAGUUUUGUUAGCACACCUCGUUUAAAAUUAAUGACUAUGUUGGUAGUUUAAUAUCGUCUCUGCUACCAUGUUUCUGUGUUUGAACUUUGAGUCCUCUUGAAUAUCUGUUUCAUGAGCCUUGUCAACAGAUGCAUCGUUAAGUCUUCUAAUUAUAAUUGGUUAUGUUUGGAUUUUUCA